AUAGGCAAAACAUAUGCUCAUUCUGUAGUAGUAUUAUUUCAUAUACGAAAAGUUUUAAGCAUGAAACGACCUCUUUAUUAACCUUUAAUAAGCUUUAUUUUAUACAGGGCAUCUGUACUAGUAAUUAUCUUUUAAAAUUGAAUAUUUUAAUAUGGCUUCUACGAAAUUUUACGUUAAUGUCGAUAAGCUUGAAUGCGCUAUUUGCGUCGAACCUUGGCUGGAGAAGAAUCCAAGAACAUUGCCUUGUCAACAUACAUUCUGUUUAAAAUGUUUGCAGCAACUACGAGUAGUAGUUAAUUGCUUAAAGUGUCCUGUUUGCCGUCAAGAAGCAAAUGUACCUGAAAAAGAUGUUACAAAAUUUCCUAAAUGUCUUUUAGUAAACGCAAUAGAGGAAGAUAAGGGUAAGGAUGAGACCUGUUCAACACAUAAUAAGAAAGCGUUUAAGCCUCUGCUUUGCUGUAAGAGCUGCAAAAAGAUAAAUAUUUGUAUCGAUUGUAUUGAACUAGAUCAUUCUUUUGCAACCUGUUCGAUUGUAACGCUUAAUUCUCUUGAAAUUGGUUUAAAUAAGUUACGACAAACGUUUAUGGCCGCAAUACAAGAUCAAAAGAAAUUGGAUUUAAAGAAUAAAAAUCUCCUAUUGACAGACAUUGAAAAGGCUAAGCAGACUUGCUAUUUAGAGGUUGAUAGCUAUUUUGAAGAUGCUCAGAAGAAAAUUAAGAAAUAUUUCGAUAAGAAAGCACUUAAAUUGAAAUUUAGCCCAAAAGAAAGAGAUAAUCUAUUUGUAAAUGAAAAAGAGAUAGAUAAAAAACUGGAAUGUUUGUCAAACGAUCAAUUAUCUAUAAUCAAUGAACAAGGUCUUAAAUUUCGUAUUGAAUUUGAUUUUACAAUUAAUCAAGAUACUGUUGAUGCCUCAUUUAAGCAACUAUUUAGACUAGGUGGCGGUAGUAUUACAGCAAGUGAUCCUUAUACAUGUUGCUGCGUUACUAACGAAGGAUUUUAUCAUUUUAGCUUUAACGAAACAAAAAAAUUAUUCCUUUUACCAAAUUUCGAACCUGUUGCCAAGGCUUGCGAUCUACAACUUGAGAUAUUUACCCUUGAUAGGGAUAUUGAUAAGUAUAUUAUUACAGACAAUUAUAUAUUUGGUAUAGAUACGAGAACAAAAUCACUUGUAUUCUCAAGAAAACCAUUCGAUACACUUAUAUAUUUUGAAGAAGUCGACUCAGCGAAAACUUCCUCAUUAAGAGCAAUUGAAGAUAUCUAUGGACAAACUUAUAUUCUAUGCUUUUCAAUUGAAAAUAGAGAAUGUAAGUUUUUUAUCAAUAGAAUUCACGAAUGGUCAAUUCUCAAUUGUAAAGACGUUGGAUGUAUUCUAAAUACUGGAUAUCCUAUUGUCAAAACAUGUGAUAAUAAAUUAAUUAUGCUAGAAAAACGAACUGGUUUAGUACUCAAAUCAAUAGAAUGUCCUGAAAAUUCAUUUAUGUAUGAUUUCUCACCAUACGGCAUUUUGAUGACGAGUGAAAGUGAAAAAUAUAAAAGUGAUACCGUACUUUUCUUAUACAACUACGAUUUACAUUUGAUAAAGAAAAUUGCCAAAUUUAAAAGAGCACGUAUACUUGGAACGUCAAAGAUGAAUAUCUUUUGCAUUUACUUUAUAGAUGAUAAGAGAUAUAGAUUUUAUGAAUUUAAAUGAAAAACAGUAAUGAAAGUAGUUUUUAUCUUUUUCUUUUCUUUUAUAAAAAAAAGUUCAGCCAUUUUUAUAGAAUUUUUUUGACAUAUU